UCAGUCAAGACCUCCCAAUCUCAGGAGGACCAUCAUGCACAGUAACGAGGCAGUCGCCAUCCCGCAAUUACCUCUCUCCGCGACCUCUGCCAUGUCUUCGGACCCUGCGGGUUUUAGCGUCGCCGACUACCUUGUGUUUUCGGCUUCUCUCGCCAUCUCUGUGGGGAUAGGCGUAUACCAGUGGUGGAAGAACCGGAAUGGGAACGCGGAGGAGUUCUUCCUGGGCGGCGGCCGCAUGUCCCCCGUGCCCGUGGCCCUGUCGCUGGUGGCGGGCGUCGUGUCUGCCAUCUCCAUCUUGGGCAACACGUCCGAAAUGUACUACUACGGAUCCCAGUUUUGGAUGAAUGUCUUGGGCGUCGCGGUGGGAGGCCUCUUCGUCGUCCUGGUCAUCAUUCCGGUCAUCUAUCCACUCCGCCUCAUCAGCAUAUAUGAGUACCUCGAGCUUCGCUGGGGCUCUCGCCUUCUGCGGAAGAUGGUGACGGUGCUCCAGUUGGCCAACAUGUUCCUCUACCUUGGCAUUGCUUUGUACGCCCCCUCGCUCGCCCUCUCCUCCGUCACGCCCAUCCCCACCAACAUCUCCGUCGUCGUCCUUGGCCUCGUCUGCACCUUCUACGCGUCUGUUGGAGGAGCGAAGGCAGUGGUGUACACCGACACCUUCCAAACUCUCGUGAUGGUCGCAGGGGUGAUCGUGGUCAUCAUCCAGGGUUGCGUGGAGGUCGGAGGAGGACCUGCAGUGUGGGAGAUUAACAGAGAAAACGGGAGGAUUGAGUUCUUCAACAUGGACCCAGACCCCCUUGUGCGACACACUUUCAUGACGACGACCAUUUUGGGAAUCUACAUGUCCAUCAGUAUGCAGGGGACGUCUCAGGCCCAGUACCAGCGAUGGGCCUCCGUCGAGAACAUCAGACAAGUCUACCUGGUAAUGGCUAUCAACGUCUUUGGCUUGAUGGUCCUUUGGUCUCUCAUAAAUUUUGCUGGUCUGGUGGUCUUCGCUGUGUAUGCUGACUGCGACCCUUUAUCAGCAGGUUGGAUUCAGAAAAUAGACCAGGUCACGGCUUACUUCGUCGUGGACAAGCUCGGUUACCUCAAGGGAAUUCCAGGACUUUUCGUGGCGGCUGUCUAUAGUGGCGUCCUCAGGUGAGAUAAUGUCUUCAGCCUCUUUGUGGUAGGAGAUGAAAUUGGGAAGGGAGGACGGGGAUGAAGAUUUGGGGACGGAAGAGGGGGUUCCCCCAUAUCAAAUUUAUUUGAUUGGUUGGAUAUGCGUACUUACCAAACUGCUUGUAUUGUGUUGUGGAAAUUGAUCAAAUUGCGUGUUCGCCCCGUCGAUGUCGUAACAGGAUCGUUCUGCCGAUCUUUUUGUUGUUGUGUCUUCU